AUGUACCCACCAACACCAACACCAAAUGUCCUCGCACAAACAAUACUUCCCAAAUACGCUCCACGCAUCAUCAGCUACAAGCGCUACAAGCUGGGCGACGUGAAGGACUUCGACUCCCUCUUCUUCCCGGAGAAGGAAAAGCUGCUCAGGGUGCUGGAGAACUUCGAGGCCAAGAGGGGCAGGUACGCCAUCAGGGGCUACCCGCACAAGCUCGGUUUUCUCCUCCACGGGCCCCCCGGCACCGGAAAGACGAGCCUCAUCAAGGCGCUUGCGUGCCGGACGAGGAGGCACAUCAUCCAGGUUCCCCUGGGCCGGAUCAAGACCAAUGAGGACCUGAUGAAAAUCAUGUUCGACCAAUCGUUCCGCGUGGCCACGCAAGCGCUGCCGGUCCCCCUCAAGCACGAGAACGUGAUCUACGUGUUCGAGGACGUAGACGCCGCGUCCAAGAUCGUCAAGGCCAGGAAGCGCAUCUUGAACAACGAUGACAGCAGCAGCAGCAGCAGCAGCAGCAGCAGCAGCAAGGAGUACGCGGACGCGUACGACGCGGCUCUGGCGAUGACCAAGCACUUCUUUCCCGAGGAGAGCGAGAGCCUCACCGACGAGCAUAAGAAACGCCUCCAGGACGUCUUCAGCGACGAGGCCGUCGCGCUGAGAAGGAGGCCCGCUUCGAACUACGGCGGCGGCGACCGCGGCGAGCUCACGCCCGCGACGAUGGAGAAGGUGCUGGGAGAGCACGAAAAAGUUGACGACUUCCUGGAGGCGCUUGAGGCGUUCGCUCUGGAGAAGCCGGCCAGCGGUGGCGGUGACGGUGGCGGUGGCGGCGGCGUCCUACCCAAGGAUCAGCUCGGGCUUACCCUGAGCAGCGGGGUGGCGAAGGUGGACGACAGCGUUGAAGGAGAUGAGGAGGAGGGCGCAGGAGAGACCCCAGUGCUCGUGCCUGCUGGUUUCAAAAACGAUGACUAGUACUAGAUGAAUAGAGCUGA